AUGGACUCAUACGAUCUGUUUGGAGAAGAUGUCAGUGGUUCGAUGCUUGAUGCCCUUCCUGAUCUCGGAGGGAAUGAUCAUUUUGAUCCAGCCAGUGCAACAAAUCCUGUGGUAACAUCCAGAGAUGGCUCAAAUUCUGGAUCUAACAGAGGAGGAAGUUACAUUAAUUCAUCAUAUAGUAUUUCUCAAGAAUCUCCUCUACAAAAAUUAGCAUCAUUUGGUGGUGCUGAAUUUAAUAAUUCAAAUCAAUUACAGAAUCCAUCUCAGCGCACUAUGUUCAACCAAAAUUUAGGAACAUUUGACGGUAAUCCUGCACAACGAACAAUGGUGCCUGGAUCAUUUCAAAAUCAGAAUAGAAGUAUAAUGCCACAGCAUAGAGGUCCACAUCCAAUAGCAGGAAGUCAGUAUUCAAAUUACUCAGACAAUAUGUAUUCUAUGGAACAACAACAUCCAAUGGCACGAGCAAGUAUGAAUAUGGAUCCAAGUAUGCAAAGUUGGUCUGGAAGUAGUAGUUCUUAUACACAACUGCAGAGGCAUUAUAAUCAAAUGGCACCUCAACCAACAUCUUAUAGACAGCACAUGUCUCAGUAUUCUCAGCCACAAGAUCAGUCAGGAAUGAACCAAAAAAUUCCUCCGCAGCAUUUUGGGCCGCAACAAGGUAUGUUAGGGAAUCUCAGUGUGCCUCAUCAAAGUAUGCAAUCAGGAAGUUCCAAUGUCGUUUAUCAGCACAUGGUCAGCCAGCAACAACAUUAUCCACAAAGCAAUUCGGCUGGAUUGUAUCAUACAUCUACUGGAUUUUCGGGUUUCGCUCCAACUAUGCAUCAACAACAACAACAACCAAGUUCACAACAGCCACAACGAAUGCCACAUCAUCAUCCUUCUCUCGUAACUCAUCAAAGUCAUCCAUCGCAUUCACAAUAUCCUCAACAUUCACAACAACAUCCUGGUAGUCAGCAACCAUCGUUAGAUUCACAAUAUCCUCACCACACUUCACCGAUAUUUAAUCAACCACAACAUACCGGAGCGCAGCAUUCUGGCCCGCAACAUACCUCACCUCAACUUCCAGGAACUCAGCAUUCAGGCCAACCACAUACAACUGCUCAGCAUACGGGUUCCAGCACUCAAUUCGGUCCUUCGAAACUUGCGACAAGUCCGCAAUAUCGUGCUGCGUUUCCGCAAUUGUCUCCGCAAAUGUCUCCAAGACCACAAAUGUCUCCACGACCAUCACCAGUUCAACAACAAAUGUCUCCUAGACCGAUAAUGUCGCCAGUCAAGCCGACGACAUUAUCACCCCAUUCACAAGUUCAAAUGACACAUCAACAACAAUCAAAUCAACCAAGUUCAGUUUCUGUAUCUCCAUGCCCAUCUUCAUCAAUGGUAUUAAAUUCAGCUAUUGCCCCUCAACAAUCAAAUUUACAAGCAUUAGAACAAAUGGUUAUCCCAGGUGCUGCUACUACAAAUUCAAGUAAACCGACACAGGAUUAUACUCAAUUUCCAACUCGGCCACCAAUAUCUCAUUCAUCCAAUCUUAUUACUUCUGUACAAAAUUCGAUGACGAUGAUGCCAAAUCCAAGAAUGCCGGUGUCAUCUCCAUGGCCUCAUUCGCAAUCACAGCAAGCCCUUCAUUCUCAACCUCCACAUCAACAGUUGUCACCAUCUGAAACUCAAUCACAACAACAAACUCAAUCGCAGCAUCAGCUACAGACUCAUUCUCAAGCACAAACCCGAACAAGUAUUAAUGUUAAUGAUAACCGAAACAUUAUAGAUUCUCAAUCAAAUUCUAUGGCAGAGCAAGUACCGAUGUUUCCCUUAAAUAGUAAUGAAAAUAUGCAUAACAUUGUUGAAUCAACUAGAGAUUCAAGUGAAAGUAUAUCAACAACUGUUGUAGGAUCUUCUUCUCAAGAGUCUGAAAUCGUGGAUCAGUCAGUGGUAAAACAAAAUUUAAAAACUCAUAAUCAAUCAACACAAGACCCAUUGUUGAAUAAAUCAACUCAACAAGUGGAGCAAACUUCUACAAUGAAAACUUUAGAAGUUGAGUCUGUACAGUCACUGCCAGCUUCAAGUACAAGUGGCAAUAUUGAAUGCAAUUCACCCUCUUCUAUGGUAACAUUACAAUCAUCAAAUGAUGCGUCAAGUUCUGUUAUAGCAUCUGGUGAAGACAAUGAAGCAUCACAUUCGAAAGUUAAUGAGCAAUCUGGGUUAAACUCAUAUCAAAAUUUGCCAACAUCUGAAGCACCAGCUAUCACAUCUUCGCAACCAUCCCUUGUCAGUGCAUCACAACCACAGCAAUUUCAUUCAGAACAAUCUUUAAUUUCUCAAUCAUCAACAGCUCACCAAGUACAAUCUCAAACUGAACAACAGUCGCAUCAAUCUCUAUCUAACCAUGCACAACAUUUAUCGAUGAAUCAAACUCAUAUACAAUCGCAAUCGGGAUUAUCAAGUCAACAAUUGAAUCCGACAGGUCAAUUACAAAUAGUCCAACCUCAGCGGGAUCAACAAUCAACGGCAGAUUUACAUCCAUCACAAUCUCAAAUUAAUCAACCAUCUCAACUACUUUUUCAACAACAGCAAGUCUUGUCAAGUGCUCCUCAGCCACCAAAUUCAGUUAAUGUGUCACAAAUAAGUCAAACUCAACAACUUUUGACGACACAAAUUCAAAAUACUCAGCUUCCUCCAACACCCAUAGGACCAAUGAACCAACAACUAUCACCACAAUCUUUGAUACCUCAAUCAACUCAGCAACCCCAGCUGCAUCUACAACAGUCUUCGAUGAUUGGUCAAACGCAACCGCAACAGUCUAUUAUUACUCAACAAGUAAACAUAAAUUCUAAUAAUGGUACGUCCUCUCAGUUGCAAGUAACACAUUCUAUGCAAUCAACACAUACAGAGGUUCAGUCGAUACUACCUCCUGUAGUUCAAUCCACAAAUAUUGGAGUUAGUUCUCAACAAACAGCUACCGCUUCUGUAUCGAAUACUCAAUUACCUCACUCAGUUCAGUCAGGUUUUGGUGAAUAUAUUAAUGUUCAAAAAUCAAAUGUUAUGUACUCGAAUGACAUGGUUGUAGGGUCUGCUCAGCCACAGUACCCCGCUGGUGCCGAUAAUGCAGGGAAUAAAGCUGUACCAAAAAUAUAUGCCAUGUCUCCCACACCAACAUCAAACGCUAUAGGAGGAUUAAGUAGUUCUACUUCAACGACGCAUCAUCAUGAACGAGCUGCACUUCAACAGCAGCUUCAAGAAUUAUUUUGUUUGUCUCCUGCACCCGAAAAUCAAGAAAAAAUUUCUCAUCUUCAGGAAAAAUUACAAGCAUUACAGCAACAUGAAACGAAUGAUCAAUGUCAUGGUGGAUCUCAAUGUAUUUUUCAAACACCAACAUUCAAUUCCGUAGUCGUAGAUAGUCCUCAAGUUUCUAGUACAACUGGUCGUGGACGUAGUAAAGGUACUCCAAGAACGAAAAAAAAUCGAAAAAAGGUAAACAAAGAAGUGACCACACCUGAUUUUACUCAGUCUGUAUCACAACCAGAGCAACCUGUUUCAGAAAAUCUAGUCACUCCCGGAGACAGUAGUAACAUUGUUGACAGUGUAGCAGAUUUUGAAGAUAACAAACCAUCAUCUGGUAACACAGAAGAAGAAUGGAAUAAAAAUAGAAAGUCACGACAACCUAGGAAACCACGAAAACCGAAAGAAGUUAAAGAAAAGUCAGUAAUGAAAGAACCAAAAUCUUGUAAAGAAAUAAAACCCAAAGGAAGAAAAAAGAAAGAUAAAGAAGGAAAAGAAUGUUCCAGACGUGGAAGAAAAAAAACGAUUCACUCCGAUUCUGCUGAAGAAGAAACAGGGCGUGAAAUCGAAAAUGUGUCUGAUUCUAAAAGUACACCGGAUUCGAAUGUAAAACUCACUGAUGCACCAAUACAAGAUGAUCAAGAACAUGUCGACUCAUCCACCGUUGAGCCAAUUGUUACGGAAAGGGAUGAAGAUGACGAGGAUAAAGUGAAUUCUGAAGAAGUAAACGAAACAGUAAAAAAAAAAGAUUCACAAAAAAUUACAGAAUCAACUCCAGUGAAGAAAAAAUCCUCCAGAAAACGAUCAGUUGGCAGUAAAUCUACUGCUCGAUCACCCAGAACUUCUAAAAAACGAAAAAAUCGGAUUGCACCUGAUUCUGAUGGCGAAGAAUUAGCAGCAACUCCACCACCUUCUCCAGAAGCUGGUGAAGACGCGAAUAAACGAAGAUCUGCAAGGAACACUCAUAGAAAAAAAUACAUUGAUGAUGUUAUGUUAAGAUUUUCUGAUGACGAAGUUCCUCUUUCCGAUUCUAACGCUAUUAAGAAAUUGGAAGGUUCUCAGUUGAAACUAACUUCAACAAAGAAAGAUAGCGAAACAACUGAAAUAACUCUUAAUAAACCAAAUUUCGUAUAUAUAAAUACAACUGAUGAAGACUCAAUGGUUGUACAGCAUAUUCUAUGCAUGAGAAUUGGUAAAAGAGAAAUUAAAGAACUAGUUUCAACAGAACCUAAAGUAGAAGACAUUAAUGUAGAAAAAAAUUCGACUACUCAAGCAAUUCCUGAAGAUGAAACUGAAACUUCUCAGAUUCCAGGAAAAUCAAGCAAAAUCAGUGAUAAUCCAACAAAAAGUAUUGAAAGUAAUGAAGAAAAAGAAGAAAAUGAAAAUCCCAAAGUGGUUGAAGAAGUAUCAAAUAAAGAAAUUGUCGAAGAUGAGCAAUCUAAUAAAUCGAUAGAUGGUGAAAAACCUGAGAAAAGUGAUCAUGAGAAAGAAGAAUCUCAAGAGGUUGAUGGUACUAAAAGUUCUAUAGCUGAAACUAAAUCUCGAUUUAUAGAAGUGGAAGAGUAUUUAGUUAAGUAUAGAAAUUUUUCAUAUUUGCAUUGUGAAUGGAAAACGGAGGAAGAAUUGUAUAAAGGAGAUAAAAGAAUUCAAGCAAAACUAAAAAGAUUUAAGCAAAAAAUUCAACAAAGUACAAAUAUUUUUGAAAAUACGGAAGAUGAUCCCUUUAAUCCUGACUUUGUUGAAGUCGAUCGAGUUUUAGACGAGGCAACUCAUACUGAUCCUACAACUGGCGAAACAGUAAGACAUUAUCUCGUUAAGUGGCGUUCUCUCCAAUAUGAAGAUUCUACGUGGGAAUUGGAAGAGGAUGUUGAUCCAGAAAAAAUCGCACUUUUUCAUAAAUUUAAUAAACUUCCACCUAAAGAUCAAUGGAAACCGAAAAAGAAACCUAACGCUUCGUUAUGGGUAAAACUUACCGAUUCUCCAAUUUAUAAAGGAGGAAAUAGAUUGAGACCAUACCAAUUGGAAGGUUUAAACUGGCUACUUUUUUCUUGGUACAAUGUACAUAACUGUAUUUUAGCAGAUGAAAUGGGCUUAGGAAAAACGAUUCAAUCUUUAACAUUUGUUGAAGCUGUUUAUAAAUAUGGUAUCCGAGGACCCUUUUUAAUUAUUGCACCACUUUCAACUAUUCCAAAUUGGCAACGAGAAUUUGAAGGAUGGACUGAUAUGAAUGUAGUUGUAUAUCAUGGUUCAGCAGCUAGCCGUACUAUGCUUCAAGAAUAUGAAGUUUAUUAUAAAAACGACAAAGGACAACAAAUAAAAGAUUUAAUCAAAUUUAAUGUUCUUAUUACAACAUUUGAAUUCAUAAUAACGGAUUUCAAUGAAUUGAAAGGUUAUAAUUGGAGAUUAUGUGUCAUUGACGAAGCUCAUAGAUUAAAAAAUCGAAAUUGUAAAUUAUUGGAAGGUUUAAGGCAGUUGAAUUUAGAGCAUCGAGUUUUGCUGUCUGGUACUCCACUUCAAAAUAAUGUUAAUGAACUUUUUUCUCUAUUGAAUUUUCUUGAGCCUAACCAAUUUUCUAGUAGUGAAGCCUUUUUGAAGGAAUUUGGUAAUUUAAGUAGUGAAAGUGAAGUUAACAAAUUACAACUUCUUUUAAAACCUAUGAUGUUGAGAAGAUUAAAAGAAGACGUUGAAAAAUCAUUAGCUCCAAAAGAAGAAACUGUAGUUGAAGUUGAAUUGACAAAUAUUCAAAAAAAAUAUUAUCGUGGUAUUUUAGAGAGAAACUUUUCAUUUUUAGCCAAAGGAACUACUUCAGCAAAUAUUCCUAAUCUUAUGAAUACUAUGAUGGAAUUAAGAAAGUGUUGCAUCCAUCCAUUUUUAUUAAAUGGUGCGGAGGAUCAAAUUCAACUUGACUACAAAGAUAAAGAGGACUCUGAAGCAUAUUUUCAUGCAUUAGUUAAUAGCUCAGGAAAAAUGGUGCUAAUUGACAAGUUAUUACCAAAAUUAAAAUCAAGUGGUCACAGAGUUUUAGUCUUUAGUCAAAUGGUUAAAUGCUUGGAUUUACUGGAAGAUUAUUUACUGUAUAAGAAAUAUCCGUAUGAAAGAAUUGAUGGUAGAAUUCGUGGUAAUUUGAGACAAGCUGCUAUCGAUCGGUAUAGCAAGCCUGAUUCGGAUAGAUUCGUUUUCUUGCUCUGCACAAAAGCUGGAGGCUUAGGAAUCAAUCUUACUGCAGCUGAUACGGUAAUUAUUUAUGAUAGUGACUGGAAUCCACAAAAUGACUUACAAGCACAAGCACGAUGCCAUAGAAUAGGUCAACAGAAAAUGGUAAAAGUUUACCGUCUCUUAUGCCGUAAUACUUAUGAAAGAGAAAUGUUUGAUAAAGCAUCGAUGAAGUUAGGUCUUGAUAAAGCUAUUUUACAAUCUAUGAAUACUACUCAAGGUGGUAAAGAUCCUGGUAAUAAGCAACUAACUAAGGUAGAAAUCGAAGAUCUUUUGAAAAAAGGAGCUUAUGGUGCAAUUAUGGACGAUGACAAUGCUGGAGAUAAAUUUUGCGAAGAAGAUAUCGAUCAAAUUCUUGAACGAAGAACUCAAGUAAUUACUAUUGAAGCUGAAAAAGGAUCUACAUUCUCAAAAGCAAGUUUCGCUUGUUCUUCAAACAGAUCUGAUAUAAACAUCGACGACCCUGAUUUUUGGAAGAAGUGGGCUAAAAAAGCAGAAAUCGAUACGACUGAAAAAAAAGAAGAAGAAGAUCUUGUUAUUUCCGAGCCUAGAAGAAGAACUCAAAUUAAACGAUAUGGACACGAUGAAUCCGUUGUAGACAUGUCCGAAUUGGAUAGUUCAGAUGAUAGUGACGAUGACAAUACUGGUUUAUCAGGUAGAGGAAAAAAAAGACGUGACAAAUUUGGUAAAAAGAAUCGUAAAACUUGUGAUGAAUAUGUACCCCGAGAAGGUGAAGUUGUAUAUGGAAAUUGGGCUCGAAGUGAAUGUUUUAAAGUUGAACGAGGUCUAUUAACUUAUGGUUGGGGUCGAUGGGAAGAAAUCCUUCAAAAUAGCCAAUUUCGACGUGGUUGGCGUGAUAUUGACAUUGAAGAUUGUGCCCGAGUAAUUUUACUUUUUUGUCUACGUUAUUAUCGUGGAGAUGAGAAAAUUCGCCAUUUUAUAUGGGAUUUGAUAACGCCAUUAGAAAAUGGUCAGAAAAUUAAAUCAGCAUGUACUAGCACAUGUAAUAGAAAUAAUAGACAAAAAAAAAAGAGUCGUGUAAGAGAAGGCCGAGAAACACGUGGUUCCGGAGUAAAUAGCGGACCUAAUGAUCCUAAUCACUGGAGUCAUGCUGAAAAAUAUGAUGGAGAUAUUUUUUUGGAAAGUGCUUACAAAAAACAUCUCAGCCGUCAUGCGACUAAAGUUCUUCUCCGUGUUCGAAUGUUAUAUUAUAUCAAACACGAAAUUAUUGGUGAUCUUGUUCAACACAUAUCCGAUGGAGUUCAUGUUAGGUUUGUAAAAAUUCAUUGUUUUAUUUUUUAUAUGCUUUAA